GGUUACCACGUGUCUUCAAUUUUUACCUUUACGGAUUUUAUCCGAUUUACGUUCGGGAUCUUAUCCCAGGCUAUAACAAACUGGCGACGAGUGAGGAAAAACAGAAAGAAUCCAUCAAAAGAAUGUCCACUUCAGUUCUACCGCCUUCGGUCAUGUUUAAUCAUGAAAGCGGAUCAUGGACACUUUUUCUGAAGAGAUUGGGAAACCUUUUUAUUACGUAUAACGUAAGUGAUGAAAACAUAAAAAAAGCUUAUUUGCUUGCGUCAUUAGGUGACAGUACGUAUAAUCUUUUGAUUAGUUUGUGCAUCCCAAGUGAUCCUGAAGAGACGAACGUGACUUUUAAGAAUAUUGCAGAUCUCCUGUCGAACCAUUUUAAACCUGUCCGAGCGAUUCUUUGUUAUAGACAAGAUUUUUAUUCGGCCAGGCAGGAAGAGGACGAAAAUGUGACCGUAUUUUCAGCCAGGCUACGAACGUUAGCAAGUUAUUGUGCUUUUGGUCCCGAGUUAGACAACCUCCUACGAGACAUCUUUAUCAUGGGCCUCAGGGAUAGCAAUGUAAAAAACCGCCUAAUGGAAGAAGAUGUGUCCAAACCCGAUUUUGACUUUGCAAAGGCUCUGAAACUGGCUUCAUCAAGAGAAGCAACCACAAAUUACCAGGUAAACCAACCCACUCACACAAUUAAGACAGAAUUAGCAGAAAUACACAAUAUAAGACAGCCAGGAGGAAACAAAAAUAAAACCACUUCCAAGUGUUUUCACUGUGGAUGGAAAAAUCACCAGGCAAAAGACUGCAAAUUCAAGAACGCUACUUGUCAUUCCUGUAGCAAAGUGGGCCAUUUAGCUUCCAUGUGUAAAUGGAAGAUCAAAAGGAAAGUUGUCUCUAAACAUAAAUUUCUGCCAGAGGAAAAAGAAGAUGAAGUUUGUCUAAGUGAUUCAUUUUUUUCAAUACAAAUGGAAAACAACAACGAUAAGCCUAAGCCUAUUCAAAUCGAACUAAUGGUGGAAAAUAAAAAACAUGUUUUCGAACUGGAUACAGGUUCAAUUUAUAAUGUGAUUUCUAAGAACUAUUACAUGAACCAUUUUCAGUCAUAUCCAAUUAGAGAAAAUGAUAUUAGAUUGACGGAUUAUGUGGGCCAUCCGAUCAGACCCAUCGGGAAAACAUUGAUACCAGUAAAUUGUCCUAAAUACAAUGGAAAAAUGGAAUUUUACAUUAUAGAUAAAGGAGGACCUCCACUGAUUGGAAGAAAGGGCUUGAAUCUACUAAAUCAAACUGGAGUUAGUCAAAUUUUCUAUAACGAGAUGAAAAUAUGUCCAGAUGCCCCAGAGGACAUUAGGCAGAUAUUAUCAGAAUUUCCCUCUGUGUUUUCCAGAGAAGGAGGCGUUUUCUCAGGUAAAAAGUCACUUUAAAAGUCAA